AUGGUCGCUGCGCUGGCCCUCGGCGCCAUCGGAUCCAUCAUCAUUGCCCGCACCGAUACCAUCGGCCAAGCCAUUGCCGGCCAGGCUAUUGCAGGCGUUGCCGGUAUCAAUCAGGCUCUUCCCCAAGCGGUCACGUCGGAAGUCCUCCCGCGCAGAUUCCGCCCCUACGCUCAGGUGCUGAUCAAUAUCCCCGGUGGUGUCGCAGCCGCGGUAGGCACGUACUUGGCAGGAGUCAUGACUCGCGGAUCGCCAGAGGGAUUUCGCAACUACUUUUACCUGGUCAUGGCCUUGUACGUCUUCUCGGCUUCCAUCAUCGUGUCCACCUACCAGCCGCCCACCCGGGAGCUUCAAUGCCUUGCCUUGCGCGAGAAGCUCUAUCGACUCGACCUCCCGGGCUGCUUACUUCUGGCUGUCGGCCUUCUCGGCGUCUCCCUGGCCCUCUGUUGGUCGUCGAACCCUUAUAGCUGGAAGAAUGCCCAUGUCUUGGCCCCGUUGAUCAUCGGUCUCUGCUCUAUGGUCAUCUUGACCCUGUACGCCGUCUUUUAUCGAAAGGACGGCAUCUUCCACCAUGGCCUCUUCAAGCGACGCAAUUUCUGGGUCUCGGAACUUUGCUUUCUCGGCGAAGGCGUGGCUUUCAUCGCCGCCAAUAUGUACCUCGGCCAACAACUCGAACUCAUGUACGGUGCCAGCUCGUGGGAAGUUGCUUUGGUCUUUGGCGUUGCAUGGUGGACGUGGGCUGCCUCGGCGCCCCUUUGCGGCUGGUUCAUCGUCAAAACCCAACGGGCGAAAGUGGUCAUUGUGGUCGCCCUGGCCUCCUUCACCCUCUACUUCGCCCUGAUGGCCGCGACUAAUUUGUCCACGAGGGCCAAUAUCUGGGGAUAUAAUGUCUUCCUGGUGUCUCCCGAGCUCAUCGCCCCAGCCACGGGCCUAAUCGUCGCGACAAGAACAUUCGGCGCAUGUAUGGGUAUCAACAUAUUCAGCGCCAUUCUCAACUCGGCCGUUAGCAGAAAGCUAGUCCCGUCGGUGUCAAGAGCAGCUGAAGCGGCCGGUCUGCCCGCGUCGAGCCUCGAACCCUUCAUUUCAGCGCUGAAUGGCAACCACCCAGACGCUUUGGCCUCUGUUCCCGGAGUUACUGACCAGGUAAUUCAAGCAGCCACGACUGCCUCGCGAAAGGUGUAUAACCUCGGGUUCCGCAACGGAUACGCCGCUGCUGCUGCGUUCACAACUUUCGCCAUGUUUGCCGCACUCGGAUUGAAAGACAUCAACAUGAGUAUAGCGCCGCAAUUGACGCUCCAUUGAAGCCAGAACUAUCGAGACUAGGGAUAAAGACCGCUGAAGAAGAGGCAUAAAUCACAUAAAACGGCCAGAUUUGAGAUAUGAACAAAGAAUUUUUUGUUCCUGA